AUGGCGACUUCCUUUUCCCCCAUACAGAGGCAGGACGUAACUGCCCUUGUGCGGCUGGUCCAGGGCAACCAGCUGUUGAACCGUCAGCUUUCCUCCGUUUGUCAAGUUAAUGGUCUGAAAAGCACCGGUGUCAAAGCUGAACUCCAGCGCCGCAUCGUGGACUUGAUACAAGAAACUGUCAACGCUAAUGAUGCCUCACGUUUUCAACAAGUCCGGCAAAGCAUCACCAAUGCCGCCUCGCAACGACCGAGUCCAUCGUCUAAGGCAUCUACUCAACGAAGUACCAUGACUACUGCCGCAGGGCUUCCUACCACGCAGUUUGCGCCUCCAAUGACUUCCUACAACCAAGCCGCCACUCCUUACCAGCAACGGGGUCUUCAUGGAUCUACCAGCGCCAUAAACGGCCGUUUUCUAAAUAAUCCAUUCGCCUCGUCCACUGGCAAUAUAAUAUUCCACCCCAGUCCAUUCUACUGUAUUGAAACCGCUGUUAGCAACUUGCGGGCAUGUGAGACUAGUGACCACCCAUCGCUCCAACAGUGUCUAACUGACGAGUCGUACCGAGUCAUGAUAUUUUGUGCCGGUGACAUAAAUGGGGUCCAAAAUAUCGCAUUCCCCCAUCAGUCUGAGCUGAGGGUGAACAACCAGGAGAUCAAGGCAAAUUUGCGUGGCUUGAAGAACAAACCUGGGUCUACUAGACCAGUUGACAUCACGGCUGCACUUCGCCUAAAACCCCCUCAAUACAUCAAUAACGUAGAGUUCACGUAUGCUCUAACCAAUAAGAAAUUUUAUCUCGUUGCCAACGUUUGCAAGAUCACAACAGUAAAGGAGCUAGUCUCCAUUAUUUCUACACGUCGAAGGAUACCAAAGGAGUCGGUUGUAUCCGAACUAAACGAAAAGGCCCAGGAUCCAGACGUUGUAGCGACUUCACAAGUUCUCUCCCUAAAAUGCCCGCUCUCUUAUAUGAGAUUGGACGUUCCAUGCCGCAGCUUGAGUUGCACUCACAUACAAUGCUUUGACGCUACGUCGUAUCUUCAGCUUCAGGAGCAAGGACCUCAAUGGCUCUGCCCCAUUUGCAACAAAUCGGCACCUUUUGAACAACUAGCAGUUGACGAGUACGUCCGGGAUAUUCUAGCGAACACACCCAAAGAUCUCGAAACAGUCACUAUUGAACCAAAUGGGCAGUGGUCGACGAAAACACCUCGUGAUGAUAAUCCGAAAUCAUCUAAAGAUCCUGCUAUUGACGACGAUGACGAAUUAGAAAUCUCGGAAAUCAAUAUUGUCGGGCGUCGAUUAGAAACCCCCAAGACUAUUACACCCGUAAUCGGCACUCCUGCAUCUGGGGGAAGAGAUAGCUCAGCAAGUGCACCACGCGGCGUUGCAACCAACAGCGCUAAGCGCCCAGCAGCGGCAGUCAUUGAUCUGACGCUGUCAUCCGACGAGGAGGAACCAUUGGAAAAGCCUCGUAAGAGACAGAAUACUGCAGCAAAUGGAUUCCAGAACUUGAGUAGCAUGGGCUUCCUGAGCGAAUCUCCCCAUAUGCCUUUGUCUUAUGUCGGACUGGUCCUGACGCAAGGACUCCAGUUCGCCUUACCGGCACGUGCAGAUCAAGAGCUGCCUACCCUACAGAAGCCCGACUCCUCAAUAUUCCCCCUGUCUUCAGAGCCACUACUACCAACCCCGCGGUCCAUCAGCGCCCAUUCAACAACAACAUGUAUGCUCGUCCUUGGCUUGCCGCUACACGCCCGACCGAUAAAUAAUUACCCUUCCCGCCUCGACAGCAGGCGUUUUCCUCCUUCCACCGAUCCCUUCAGAAGCAGCAAAAGCUACCCCAUCGCCGCGGUCGCCAUGUCUCUCGACCCCGUAAUGCCCCCUUUUAAUUCGUCGGAUCCGUCCGCCAACUUUCUCUCGUCAUCAUGCCUCGACUUUCUGUUGAUAGAGCUCGUCCCUCUUGCCUACCGCAUCGCAAACGAGCGCGACUCGACACAGGAUCUGCCGGAGCCCGCGAGCACCCAGACGGCCGAGGCAGCUUCGACGAGCCACCGCGCUGCGAGUUUAGCGUCGGGAGGAGCUCACCACGUCUCCAACCCGGGUACCCGGAAGCUGGAUGACGAAGAGGAGCUUGACGCGGUGCAUUUUCGGCUGGAAUCCCUCGGGUACCGUGUUGGACAGGGUCUGGUGGAAAGGUUCUCGAGAGACCGUCCUCGAUUCAACGAUACCUUGGAUGUGAUCAAGUUUUUAUGCAAAGAUCUGUGGUCUCUUGUGUUCGGGAAGAAUAUCGACAAUUUGAAGACCAAUCAUCGCGGAGUGUACGUUCUGACCGACAACGUGUUCCGGCCAUUUUCGCGCAUGAGUACUGUUGCAGGGGGUCAAGCGGUCGUGCGGGCACAACCGUUUCUUUGGUUUCCCUGUGGAAUCGUGCGAGGUGCCUUAGCGGCAUUGGGCACAAGUGCCACGGUUCAAGCAGAAAUCAACGAACUGCCAGGAGCUGUUUUCCAGAUCAAGACACUCAAUUCCAAAUCAUAG